CAAUCAAUCUCAAGUGGGAACAACUUAAUCUCAAGUGAAUGCAAUUACUGUGAUCAUAAACAAGGGAUCGUAAAACUGCUAACAGGCAAACGAGGGAUUCACCCCCAUGGGUGUGAUGACUUGUUAAAAAAAAACAUCCAUCGAAGCGAGCAGCAGUUAAAUUGCUCAUCCCCUAGUUGGAAGCAACAAUUAUGAAGAACCCCGUGAAUUAUCGCAUGUCAGAGACACGACGAUGAAGUUUAACCACUUGUUUGUGCUGUUGACAACCCUAAUUUUGUACAGCCGUAUCAACAAGCAUGAAUGUGGUUCAACCAAAGAACAAUUAGAGAAAACGGGUAAAAUGUUUCGACAAGUGUGUCAAUCAAAACUAAAAAUUCCGGAUGACAUUUUAGAUAGUGCGAAACAGGGAAUCUUUCCUGAUACGAAGGCUUUCAAAUGCUAUGUUAGCUGCAUUAUGGAUAUGAUGCAAGUGACUAAAAAAGGCAAAAUCGAUUACGCGAAAUCAAUAAAACAAAUUGAUACACUUCUCCCUGAUGACUACAAACCAGCGUAUCGGAUGGGACUAGACGCUUGUAAGGAUGCAGCUCAAGGAAUAAAGGAUCAAUGCGAAGCAUCUUUAAUUUUACUAAAAUGCUUCAGCGUUAAUAAUCCCUUGUUUAUGUUUCCCUGAAACUGGCAUCAAAUCAUAGGCAACCGAUUGUAGACUAUUAUUGUAUGGAAUCGAACGUAUAUUGAUUAUGGCAUUUUUGAAUUAUUCAUGUUAGUUAGUUUUCAUGUUCAAUGUAUUUAGAAAAGCACGAAACAAUUUUGUUGUGAUAUUUGAUCGACAA